GAGCACUAGCAGGAAACUGGAAAGACUUGAAAGCGGAAAGAAAGGCUCUGAGAUCAGUGAGAGUGAGAAGCAGGCCGUGUUGCAGCAGAGCUGGCGGAGAGAGCUAUUACGAAUGUUUGGCUGUUUGCUAGUUGCCUGUCCAGCUUGGGAUUGAAACCGUGCCGCCGAACCGGCUAGCGGCCAAAGUAGGGUAGCUCUAGGCCUGAGGGUUUUCUUCAGAAUUCGGCUGGUGAAAACUUGACCUGAGAUAGCGCGCUCUCGCUGUUGCAGUUUGUUACUUUCGCUACGUGUCUUCGAAUGUCGUCCUUCACUUCAGCGUCACGGUGACCUGGCUCUAGCUGUUGCGUUGUGUAUAUCUGCUCCGUACUUGACUUGUGACCGGCCGGGUCUGCCAGCGUAACUUUGGCUUCGGCAGUACUCCGAGAGCAAUGGCGGAGAUAGAUGGUGGACGAAGAAGGUCCGUGUCCACGGUGCCGCUAUGUAGCGAUGGUGGACACGGCAACAGUUCUUCACCGUACAGCGAAUUUGAUUUGGGCCAGAUCACACCAUGUGCAGAGGGGUGCGUGUGUCGCCAUGUUUUGCAUGGUGCAAAGUUUGUCGUCUCUGGCUUCUUGCAAGCUGACCGUCAGUGUCUGAAACGUGUCUGCCGCAAAAUUCGUCUGAUGGGUGGCAAGGUGCUGCGUCGGGUGGAGAGCCAUGUAACUCACGUUCUGGUUGGGAGGAUCGGCGAGCGGGCACGUAGAGCUGCAGAACUGCGCAUCAACUGCUUCCAUCCCAGCUACGUAGACAGAUGCUGGAUUGAGCGACAUGCCAAAGACUUCUGGAUCGUUGAGGAGCAGUUCGUCAGGGAGUAUGUAAUGCGCGUGAACAAGAUUGCGUCCAUGAAGCGAGGCAGCUCGCUCCGCUAUCCCAAAGUGGAGAACCCCGUCAAGUUGAAGCGCAGUACAUCGCGCUGCUCACCGAAGAUCACCCCUACAGCUCGGUCUCCUCCGAAGCCUGUCAUCGACGAAGCAGCUGUAGCUGCAGAAAGGAAACAGCUUCAGAAGCGCAAACACCUCAUCAACGAGCUUGUAGAAACCGAAAAGACUUAUCUCAUUUUGCUGGAGUUUAUCGCCAAGAACUACAUCACACCAUUGCAGGAGCAAUGCAAGCAGAGAAUCAGCCCGAUGAAGACUAACUAUGCCACGGCCGUGUUUGGUCCCUGGAAAGAUCUCUACUCUCUUCACAGAUCCCUUUUGGCUAGCCUGCAAGAGAGUGUUGACUAUUCUUGUGCGGUGCUCAGCGGCUCUUCAAUCGUGCCUAGCAUCGGAGGCUCCUUCCUCACUCAUAUGAGCGCGUUUGAUCGGCAAUAUCCGGACUACAUCACUUCGUUUGAACAGCGCAAAGACUUCCACAGCCAUGCACUCAAGGCUGAUCCGGUCUUUCGUGCUUUCAUUCAGACACGUCGCAAGCUGACCACCUCUCUACCCGCCGGCAGCGAGAACUCCUCGCUGAAGAAGCAGAGUCUACACGACAUGCUGAUAGCACCGGUGCAGCGACUGCCCCGCUAUCUGAUGCUGCUUCAAGGUAUUCUGACUUCCACUCCGGAGUCCCAUCCUGACAAAGCUGACGUGUCCAGCGCUGUCGACAGCAUCAAAGCAAUCAACGAGAAGAUCAACGAGAUGAAAAUGGCACAUGAGGGUGAGCAAAGGCUGGCAGAGCUGUUGCGGGAGAUUGACGGAGUACCUGAAGCAGUAGCCACAGGCAAACGUUGGGUGGUGAACGAAGCCAAUGUGGUCAUGGUGGACGGUAGCUAUUCCCCGGGCCAACGCACUGAUUUGCCCGUCAAGUUCCUAGUGUUGUCGGACUGCAUUCAGAUUGUUCUGAGGACGUUCACGAAUCGUCAGCAGCAUCUGACGCAUCACAUUGCCAUACCCUACUCGGCGGUGCUCUGGUUUUGUCGAUACUUUCAUGACAGCACGGAUCCUGCAGGUCUACCCGACAUUGGUAUCCAUUUUAGUGACAAGGCUGAUGGCAGCAAGAAGACACUGUUCUUCUCUUGUGAGAAGAGUGCAACGACAUCAGUCACGAUACUCCUCACCAACAUGAUGAAGGCAGCACAGAGUCACACGAAUGGCGACUUUGCCAAGAGAUCGGCUUUGCUGACACAGUCAGCCAUGUCACUGCCGUCCUGGGUGAGGAUGGAGCCUCUGCUGCCAGAUGAGUGCCGAGAGCCAGUGCCAGCGCUGCGUAACGUAACCAACACGCGCAGUUCCGAUGCCUUUGCACCGCGUGUGAAUCCAAAGAGAAUGUCCAAAACGGAGGCAAUGUUGAAGCUUGUGACACCCGGGGCCGACCGGAGAAGCAAGAGAUCAGCUACACCAACACGCGCUGCUCACCAGUACGAACCCAGUUCCAUAAGCCGUUCGCGCUCCUUCCUCUCUUCGGUCGGCAGCAAGCGCAGCAAUUCACGUCAGCGUCAGAGCAAGGACUACAAGCCAGCCGAGCCAAUCCCGUACCAGCCUAACCCGCAACCCACGCCAACUGCCGCUGGCAACAGCAGUCUGAUGCGCCGUAACUCUCUGCUUACUGCUGUGCAAUCCACAAAGAAAACAGCUGGCAGCUUCGCACACAAAAAGCCACCGUCAUCAAAUCGGUCUUCGAUAUUCUCACGGUCAUCCAGCAAGGCGGCCAACCGGUCCUUGCUAGCACCAACUGCUACUUCACUAUCCCUGCCAGGCGAUUUGUCGUUCUGUGGUACUGACGCCACUAGCAAGCAGACAAGCAAUGGAGGUAAAGCAACAGUCGAGAGGAGGAAAAGCCUGCGCAUUCGUCUAUCGCACUACCAGCAACAGCGAUCGGCGUCCAAAGAAACUCAGCAAAAUGCUCGUGGCAAUGCCUCGAUUGCAACCGGUCUGGGUACUGUGGCUGAGCAAGGUACCCCCCCGCGUGUUGGCAGAAACAACAGCCAGCAGCAAAGAGCCAGAUCUCGACUUCUGCAAAGCCUGACCAAGUCCAAACCUGCUCCAGCAACCGCCGUCUAGGCCUCCAUCCCCGACUGACUAUUGCUUGUUGUUGCCAAGUGAGUGGUGUGUUCUAUUGUGAGUGGUGUGUUCUAUUGUUGCUGUUCACUAGUACGUACUGUGCACGGUACUGCAGUGAACGUCUGUCAUGUCAGUAACAUCACGCUGCCAUCACUCUAGCUCCGGCCAACAGCCUCUCAGCGGCGCAUCUACGAGUAUCUACCGAGUCGUGUAACUAACUUUGGCGUUCCGCCCAGUGUGAAUGAAAUCAAUGGUGGCGCUGUGCUUCAGUGCAGUUAAUUUUCUAGCGUUCUGAAUGGCGAUGAGCAAAUAAUGUUUGCCAUGUUACAUGCCACUCGCUAACAAUGAUAGGCACCACAAACGAACUCCUCUCACUUCUUUUAGCCUGACUAAAAUUAAUGUUCUCCAAGCUUUACAACCAAUUCAAUUUUGCUUUGCUCCUGACUAUGAGCUAUGUAGGUGCAAGGUUGCAGUGAGUUUUCCAUAGUUCUUUGCAACUAUUUCUCAUAAAUUCAUAUCACACUAUGUUGAAUGUUAUUGUUGAAUGUU